CCUACUGCUAGCAACACACCUGCACCCACUGCGUCAGCCUCUGUGACUCCAACUCCAUCAUCAUCCACAGCACACACAUCCGCAAGUACAAGCUUGCACACAGCCAUAAAAUCCAUAGCCACAGGGACAACUGAAAAAAAGCUAACAGUCGUCCCUCUCACUGACACUACUGCAACAUACACCUUAUCAACUUCAGUUGCCUCAAACACACCCCCAGCCCAGGUGGCUACUUCCAUAGCUACCCCUACAGUUUCAUAUAAGAGCUAUUCACCUCUGUCAUCAACAACAUCAGUGACUACCUGGCCAGCUUUAACACCCUCCACACCUUUAGUAGCUAAAAUGACACCAACCCAAUCAACACGCCAAACACAAACGUCAACUCCCACCAUUAGUGCCACAGUUAUAGCUUCACCCACUACUUCGAGUCAGUUUGCGGCGACACCAGACAACUCUACCUUGAAUUCGGCGACAACCCAACCAGCUAGCUCAAGAACAACAUCCUUAUAUGACAUAUUAACUUCGAUGGGUUUUACAUCCUCUGUUGUCACUCCAGCAUCACUCGAAUCAGAGUCCACCACCUACCCUCCAAUUACAACACCUGUAGCAGUAACCAAACCUGUACGUCAUGAGGAACAUCAAUCCACCACAUCGCAACCAAGUAUUUCAGUUGCCCAAACACUUGAACCACCAUCAGACAGUGUGGUACAUGUUACAACUCUGUCAUCUUAUUCAUCUUCAAUGUCCACACCGAUACCAUCGGUAUCAUCACCCACAACUCUUGGAAUUGACACUCGUUCACAAUUCACAAGUAGAUCCUCCACACACACAUCUACGGUAACAUCACCACCGAUGUCAAAAACUUUGGCAUAUACAUCUACAAAACAGACUGUGGCUUAUACAUCUACUCCACAGGCAUACACAGCAACAGCUGUUACAGGCCAUUCAACAACUCCUUUAUCAAACACAUCCCCAACUACAACAACAAACUUGGCUUUGACCCAAAUGGUUGCUCCACAACCAACAUCAAUACCAACUCAGGCAACCCUUCAGGUUCCUACGACCGGCAACAGUAUUGCACCUGUUACAGGUGUAGCAUCAUCUGCAGUGCCAGCUGUGCCAUAUCAUACAGUGACAUUUUCAAAAUCCCAAACUAACUCAACUGUGUCUGCAGACAUCACUGCUUCUCCAGUGAACACAAACACAAAACCAUCUACCACCCUAUCAAAAUCUACCAAAAGCCCAUCACAACCAACACUACUACACUUGGCUCAAGUGACAGGUUCUUCUGAAGGCACGAGCACAAAUGUAACAGUAUCCUCUCCAACAUCAUCGCCAUUAACAGCACCUCUUAUGGUUGACUCAGUAAUGGAUUCACCAAGCACAUCUAUACCUACAUCAACACCAUAUGCAUCCACAAAACAACCAACAACGCUAGAACCAACAUCUUCUGUAUCCCACAUUACGCCGUCUCCAGCAUCUACAACUCCACCUUUCACACCCCACAUUACUCCGUCUCCAGCAUCUACAACUCUGCCUUUCACACCCCACAUUACUCCGUCUCCAGCAUCUACAACUCCACCUUUCAAACCCCACAUUACUCCUUCCCCAGCAUCUACAACUCUACCUUUCACACCCCAAAUUUCCUCUCUUGCACUAAAACAACCUACAAAUGAGAACUCUCAUUCCAUAUCUGCAACAUCGGCUUCUAACUCCAAAGCCCCUAUGGCAGGCCAUACCCCUGGGACAUCUGCAGAGCCAUCCACGCCAGCAACUUUCUCAUCUCUUGAAACAACACCUACUUCAACACAGCUAAAGACAUCCUCAGUUGUUCCAAACAUAUCAGUGUCUGGACCUACUGCAUCAGCCUCUGUGACUCCAAUUCCAUUAUCAUCCACAGCACACACAUCCCCAAGUAAAAGCUUGCACACAGCCAUAAAAUCCAUAGCCACAGGGUCAACUGAAAAAAAGCUAACAGUCGUCCCUCUCACUGACAGUACUGCAACAUACACCUUGUCAACUUCAGUUGGCUCAGACACACCCCCAGCCCAGGUGGCUACUUCUAUAGCUACCCCUACAGUUUCUUAUAAUAGCUAUUCACCUCUCUCAUCAACGACAUCAGUGACUACCUGGCCAGCUUUAACACCCUCCACACCUUUACCAGCUGAAAUGACACCAAUCCAAUCAACACGCCAAACACAAACGUCAACUCCCACCAUUAGUGCCACAGUUAUAGCUUCACCCACUACUUCGAGUCAGUUUGCGGCGACACCAGACAACCCUACCUUGAAUUCGGCGACAACCCAACCAGCUAGCUCAAGAACAACAUCCUUAUAUGACAUAUUAACUUCGAUGGGUUUUACAUCCUCUGUCGUCACUCCAGCAUCACUCGAAUCAGAGUCCACCACCUACCCUCCAAUUACAACACCUGUAGCAGUAACCAAACCUGUACGUCAUGAGGAACAUCAAUCCACCACAUCGCAACCAAGUAUUUCAGUUGCCCAAACACUUGAACCACCAUCAGACAGUGUGGUACAUGUUACAACUCUGUCAUCUUAUUCAUCUUCAAUGUCCACACCGAUACCAUCGGUAUCAUCACCCACAACUCUUGGAAUUGACACUCGUUCACAAUUCACAAGUAGAUCCUCCACACACACAUCUACGGUAACAUCACCACCGAUGUCAAAAACUUUGGCAUAUACAUCUACAAAACAGACUGUGGCUUAUACAUCUACUCCACAGGCAUACACAGCAACAGCUGUUACAGGCCAUUCAACAACUCCUUUAUCAAACACAUCCCCAACUACAACAACAAACUUGGCUUUGACCCAAAUGGUUGCUCCACAACCAACAUCAAUACCAACUCAGGCAACCCUUCAGGUUCCUACGACCGGCAACAGUAUUGCACCUGUUACAGGUGUAGCAUCAUCUGCAGUGCCAGCUGUGCCAUAUCAUACAGUGACAUUUUCAAAAUCCCAAACUAACUCAACUGUGUCUGCAGACAUCACUGCUUCUCCAGUGAACACAAACACAAAACCAUCUACCACCCUAUCAAAAUCUACCAAAAGCCCAUCACAACCAACACUACUACACUUGGCUCAAGUGACAGGUUCUUCUGAAGGCACGAGCACAAAUGUAACAGUAUCCUCUCCAACAUCAUCGCCAUUAACAGCACCUCUUAUGGUUGACUCAGUAAUGGAUUCACCAAGCACAUCUAUACCUACAUCAACACCAUAUGCAUCCACAAAACAACCAACAACGCUAGAACCAACAUCUUCUGUAUCCCACAUUACGCCGUCUCCAGCAUCUACAACUCCACCUUUCACACCCCACAUUACUCCGUCUCCAGCAUCUACAACUCUGCCUUUCACACCCCACAUUACUCCGUCCCCAGCAUCUACAACUCUACCUUUCACACCCCAAAUUUCCUCUCUUGCACUAAAACAACCUACAACUGAGAACUCUCAUUCCAUAUCUGCAACAUCAGCUUCUAACUCCAAAGCCCCUAUGGCAGGCCAUACCCCUGGGACAUCUGCAGAGCCAUCCACGCCAGCAACUUUCUCAUCUCUUGAAACAACACCUACUUCAACACAGCUAAAGACAUCCUCAGUUGUUCCAAACAUAUCAGUGUCUGGACCUACUGCAUCAGCCUCUGUGACUCCAAUUCCAUUAUCAUCCACAGCACACACAUCCCCAAGUAAAAGCUUGCACACAGCCAUAAAAUCCAUAGCCACAGGGUCAACUGAAAAAAAGCUAACAGUCGUCCCUCUCACUGACAGUACUGCAACAUACACCUUGUCAACUUCAGUUGGCUCAGACACACCCCCAGCCCAGGUGGCUACUUCUAUAGCUACCCCUACAGUUUCUUAUAAUAGCUAUUCACCUCUCUCAUCAACGACAUCAGUGACUACCUGGCCAGCUUUAACACCCUCCACACCUUUACCAGCUGAAAUGACACCAAUCCAAUCAACACGCCAAACACAAACGUCAACUCCCACCAUUAGUGCCACAGUUAUAGCUUCACUCACUACUUCGAGACAGUUUACGGCUACACCAGACAACCCUACCUUGAAUUCGGCGACAACCCAGCCAGCCAGUUUAAGGACAACAUCCUUAAGGACAAUUUCGAUGGGUUUUACAUCCUCUGUUGUCACUUCUGCAUCACUCGAAUCAAAGUCCACCACUUACCCUCCAAUUACAACACCUGUAUCAGUAAACAAACCUGUACAUCAUGAGGCACAUGAAUCUACCACAUCGCAACCAAGUAUUUCAGUUGCCCGAACACUUGAACCACCAUCAGACAGUGUGGGACAUGUUACAACACAUACCCCUGGGACAUCCGUAGAACCAUUCGUGCCAGCAGUUUUCUCAUCUCUUGAAACAACACCUACAUCAACACAGCGAACAACAGCCUCAGUUGCUCCAAACAUAGCAGUGGAGGAAACAAGCAAACUAAUUUCGACCACCUCUUCAAAAUCACCAGUAACGACUACACCUUCCUUAAAUACACCCUCUCUCACAACAUCAUUAAAUUCAUCUGUGGCAUACACAUCUAAUAUUAAAGCCACAUCAGCACCAGCACACGAAACAUCCCGAGAUACAUUGAUUUCAUUGUCAAUGACAAGUAAAGGCGAUGUUGCACCUCGUACACAACUGUCUGUCACAGCGACAUCAUCUACAGAGUCAAGUGAAUCAGCCUCUUCAUCACAAGACUUUGGCAAUGAGACACAAGUAACAUCCAUAUCUGAAAAUGUUCCAUUAUCCGACACAAUAUCUACCACAAGUUACAGGAACACGUCACCUCAGCACACACUGACGUCAGUCUCUGAAGAUUUAACUAUCCCUUCACAGGACGCAGGCCUAAAACUGUCAUCAUCAUCCCCUCAAACAUCACCAUCAGUAGCUAUCACAAAAGGUCCCAUAACAGCUGCUUUCUCCACUGAAUACCCUAUUACACCAAGAUCAUCUACUGCAGUUGAUUAUGUUACUUCUCCAACACCAAUACUAACACAAUCCACAUCCCGUUCUGUUCUGGAUUUACUGUAUACAACCUUGCCAACUACUAUUAAAGUAACCAUCCCCAGCAAAUCAUCCUUCCCACCUCAACACUCGUCUACCACAACAAGUACUACUACUACAACAUCAUACACAUCAAAAACUUCCACUGCACAUGAAAUCACUGUACCACCAACACCAACACAUGCACAAUCACCAUUACCUCAAACACCAUCUACCAUGAGUCCCAUCACACAUUCAGUGCAACUGACCUCACUCUUUGCAUUUUUAUCUGACUAUGUACAAGACACAAGUACACAAUCACUAACAUCCUCACCAAAACAACCAUCUUCAAAUGCAGCACACCAUACUGCAGUUUCUGUAUCAAGUAGUGUAUCUCCACCAGUUUCUGUAUCAAGUUGUGUAUCUCCACCAGUUUCUGUAUCAAGUAGUGUAUCUCCACAAGUUUCUGUAUCAAGUAGUGCAUCUCCACCAGUUGCUGUAUCAAGUAGUGUAUCUCCACCAGUUGCAAUAUAUUCACCUCUUACAUCUUCUCUACAGCCAACACCAAGGGAUCCAAUUUUGCAAUUCAGUAAUGCUACUGAUAAGCCAUCAACAUCCACAUCUGGACAAUAUACAUCAGCUGAUGGUGUUGGAAGUACAGUUUCAUCAAAGCCAACCACAAAUCCAGUCUCUGCAGACAUACAUGACUUUCCUGAGGGCUCAUACACCGACAUGGCUUCCAACUCUUCAACUUUACCUUUAACAGCCUCUACAACAGAUCACUCAACAAUAUCUCUAUCAGGUAUAUCCUCAAUGUCAUCAGAAAUACCAACUGUAACACCAUCGUCAACAACACUGUCAACUACAUCUGAAAUGGCAAUUCACUCUGAAUUACUAUCGACAACUAAGAAUUCAGCAAUGCCAGGAGAAAGUAGCACUAGCGAAACGGCUUACACAUCUAUGCCUGAUAUCUCCAUGACAACUGAAACACCUGUCACCAUACCACAGCCGAUGACCACACAACUCUCUACAGAUCCAGCUAUUCCUUCAGAUGGUUCAGCUUACACAUCUAUGCCUGAUAACUCCAUGACAACUGAAACACCUGUCAAUACACAACAGCCGAUGACCACACCACUCUCUACAGAUGCAGCUAUUUCUUCCGAUGGUUCAGCCACACAAAUGCCCACCCAGACAACAUCAUUCUCCAUGGCAACUACUACAAGUCAUACUAGAGUGCGUACAUCGAGCCCAAGAGAGCCUCCUACAUCAAGUGUCGAUUGA